AUGUGGCUAUUGCUAAGGGCGCUCUUGGCAGCCGGCGCCUGGAGCGGUGUGUGUCUUGGCAGCCUUGGCGACCAAUUGGUUAGUGGGGUGAACUUGGAAACCAAUUGGCGGGCAGUCGGACAACUUGGCGGCCAACCACGGCUGACUUGGCGAGAAACUGAGCGAAAGUUCAGACCGCUAUUGGAGUUGGCAGUGGGAUGCAGUCUUGAAACUUGGCCAAGUGCAUUACACCAAGUUGACAGAGUUAGCAGGAAA